AUGGAUUUUAUGAAACCCGAGACCGUGCUUGAUUUGGCCAACAUUCGCCAGGCCUUGCAGAGAAUGGAGGAUAGUAUUAUUUUCAAUUUCAUAGAGAGAUCUCAAUUCCAUACCUGUCCUUCAGUUUACAAGGCAGACGUGUUCCCCAUUCCUAACUUCCAGGGUUCGUUCCUUGAUUGGUUGCUAUCUCAACAUGAAAGGAUUCAAUCGCAGGUCCGCAGAUAUGAGGCUCCAGACCAAUAUCCAUUUUUUCCAGAUUCUGUCAUGCCUACUUUCUUACCGAAGAUUGACUAUCCUCCUAUAUUGGCUAACUAUGCCGAGGCCAUCAGUAUUAACGCAGAAAUAAAGAAGAUCUACACAGAAGCAAUUGCCCCCGGUAUUAGUAGUGGUGAAGGGAAUCAGAUGGAAAACUUGGGAUCUACAGCAAUGGCAGACAUUGAUUCUCUCCAAUCGUUAUCGAGAAGAAUCCAUUUUGGUAUGUUUGUGGCCGAAGCCAAGUUCAGAAACGAACGUGAGAGAUUUACUAAACUGAUCAAGGAGAGGGACAUCAAGGGCAUUGAGGACGCAAUCACUAACAAGAUCGUAGAGGAUAAAAUUUUGCAGAGAUUAUUGGAAAAGGGCAAGGCUUAUGGAAUUGAUCCUACACUCAAGUUUACAGAGCAUAUCGACAGCAAAGUGAAGCCAGAAGUCAUAGUGAAGAUUUAUAAAGACUACGUAAUUCCACUUACCAAGAAGGUCGAGGUAGACUAUCUACUUAGGAGAUUGGACUGCAACUAG